CUCUUCCUUCAUCAUUUGUCCUUUUUCCCCCUCUUCUUCGCCUCCCUCCUCCCAUGUUGAAGGCAUUCUGCAGGCCACUGGGGGGCUUCUUUGCAUUUUGAAGUAGUCGUAACCAGCAUAGUAUGCGUGGUUGGCGUCGUUGACGUGAGUGGCGUUGACGUGUGGAAGUUCCAUGCGCAGACGUAGAGGUAGUGGAGCUGUAUACCAGAUGUCCACUUGAUCCGCGCAUCUCCAUGUCCAGUUGCUGACGAGGGUGCCAUGGGACCUACGAUGCAAACUCCAAAACAUGCUCAGCUAUUAUACACACCUGCAACCUGGACAAAACACUGAUGCGCAGAUGGCUCCUGACUCAUACAGUCUAAGUCAAAUUUUAGAGGACUGCAGUCGAGAUCCUCGAAAGACCCCGGAUGGUUCCCAAACACCCUGGAACACCCAGAGGUCCACAGAGAUCCAGGAUACACGAUCAUCACUGGCGCCAUCAUCGCCAUCGCCAGUACUGGCGAGGAGCGUCCCCACAUGGUCGAUUUCCUGCCCCCACAUACACAACGUUUUCAUUUCGGACUCACAAGCUUACCUUGGGUCCUGAGCGUUUUACUCAGUUGACAAGUGACUAUGCACUAUCAUCUUGGCAAGCAUGCAGCUGAAGGUGUGAGCGAAUGCAUUCGUCAACAACGUCAUCCGCAGGCGUUUCUCUGGCGACCACUUCCUGACUGCCAGCAGAUCGCAUCUGGCAGACGUUCUGUGUGCCAAGCAUUCGUCUACGAUGAAAGUAGUUUUUGCAUGCUCUGCUCAUGUCGGCCAUUUGAACCCCACUCUUCCUGUGGUGAAGGCGCUGGUCAGCUUGGGGCACGAGGUUCAUUACAUUUGUUUUGAGACGAUGCGAGCCAAGAUCGAAUCCGCUGGAGCAAAGUUUCAUUCGUGUGAAGAUAUCCAACCAGAGCUUUAUGCACGGCGCUCGUUAGCCCCUGGUGGCAUAGGAGCCUGUAACGCUAUCAUGGGCGAGCUUGGUCUCGAUACCUCAUCGGUCUUGUCGAUGCUGAUGACGUUGAACUUAUCUCUGGAGAAAGAGUUACCAGGGACCUUGCGUUUCUUCAAGGAUAUUCGGCCAGAUGUCGUAGUGUAUGAUCCGCUCGUCUUCUGUCGGUAUGCUGCGCAUGGUGCUGCAGUUAUGGGUAUUCCAGCUGUCGGACUGCUGACGCUCGCAGGACCUGGGGCCAUGCGCUUACAUACACCUGCCGUCUUGCACCCCUUGACCAUUGCGGACAUAGAUUAUGCGGUGCGUGAGUUUACUCCUCAUGCCGAAGCCACAGCUCGCAUUAAUGACAAACACAGCAUGCAAUUGCGGCCUGGAAUCUUGUUUCCAGAUGGCUACAUGGAUUCCUGCCGUGGCAAUACCAUUAUUGUAACGACUUCGGAAGACUUGCAAGACCCGAUGACUCCAGAGCUAUCCGCAGCUUACACGCAGGAUGGCGCAAGAUUUGAGUAUGUCGGGCCCCUGCUCGCGCUGGCUUCUCAGGAGAUAUUGCAGGACAAGCAUGCUGGGAAUUCAACAGACAUAUCUCACGUCAGUGCCCAUGGGGUCGGCGAAUCUAUUGAUGCGAGUGCGCAGGGCACGAGAAGCAGGGCGGCAAGUGGUCAUGAGUAGCAUGGGCACUUUGGUGACGUCCAACCAUAGUAUCAACGGAUGGGAUGCCCGAUCAGGUUCCUCGAGUAUAACGGGAAAACAAUUAUGUCAGGCUGUUUGGGCUGGAACAUUUGAGGCAAUCGGUUCAGAAGCCGCGGAUUCUGGUCCACUGAUCGUUGUUGCCCUUGGAUCUCAAGCUGAUCCUCUUGGCGAUAUCGCUGUGCCAGCCAAUGCUGUUUGUGUGCCUUUUUUUCAGCAGGUAGACAUACUGCAUGCCGGCGCAGACCUGUUUCUGACACAUGGUGGCCAGAACAGUUUCACAGAGGCUAUGUUCUUUGGCACUCCCGUCGUUGUUUGUCCAGGAUUCGGCGACCAAGUUGUGAACGCGCAGAAGGCAGUAGAUUUAGGCGUGGGCGUGAAAGUGGACAGGCCCAUGGGGAACGCCGACACAGAUGGUGUUGCGACGCGUUCCUACAGGCAAGAAGUGUGCAACGCAGUUACCACUGUACUCUCACAGCUCGAAUUCAAAGAAGCUGCCAUGACUCAGGGACAUAGGCUCCGUGAUGCUGGGGGGGUGCCUCGGGCAGUUGACUUGGUAUUGGCAGCCGCCGCCGACGCGAAGCGCGAACAGAGCGAAUCAAUAGAGGAUAACACAGCGGUUGCAGGUCGUGGUGGUGCAUAAUCAGAAGGAUGCAUAUUACUUGCGUAAUAUCGCAUUUGAGUACAGUGUGCACGCGGAUAGCUUUUGCAGACGUGAUGUCGGUGGAACGCAUACCGAAGCAGAGUGGCACAGAGCCACUGAGUACAGUGUGCAUGCGGUAGCUUGGCAGACGCGAUGUCAGUGGAAUGCAUAUUGAAGCAGAGUAGCAAAAUGUUACGCUUCUUGUGCAUUGAACGCUUCGCUGCCCUCGUUGAGUGGGGCAUAUGCCCCCACGCGAGGGAACCAUCCUGCACGAGUUGACUGGGCCAGGCUCGCUCAGUUGGAGAACCAAAAGCAUCUUCUCCUUGUUCCUGCUUCUGUGCAGCUCCG